ACCAAUUUUUGAUCUUACUAAACAUUACUACACACCAAUUCAAACAGAACAAAAAAAACGUUGAAACUUCAUCAAUUAAAUCAGUAACCAAAGUUGUAACAAUGGCAUCUAUGUUCAUGGUGAAGAACACCUUUUUAAAGGUCUCAAAAGCGAGUUUUCCUCCUCAAGUUUCUCCUCUUUAUCCUCGUAAAGUCUCACGAGUUUGCUUUACUUCUGCGUCCAAGUUUCAUGAGAAUCAAUAUGCUAGAGAGGAUGCAGGGGGAGAAGAAGAUGCAAAAGCAGCAGAAAGAAUCAGGCAGGCACGCCAAGUUUACGAGAGCGACGAAGAAGCGAAAGAAGUAGAGAAGAGGUACUCAGAAAUGAAGCAAAAAGCAAAACACACCGUCGACGAAAUGAAAGACAAAGCCAAAGAAGGCACUCAACAAGCAAGCGAUGCAAUGCAAGAAGCCAAAGACAAAGCCAAAGAAAGCGCGGAGAAGGCUAAACAGAAGGUGCAAGAAGGCACAAACAAGGCAAGCGAAACAAUGUACAAAACAAACGAGAUGGCGAAAGACAAGGCGAAAGAAGGAGCUGAACGAGUAGGUAACACUGCGGAAUGGACAGCCGAUAAGGCGAAGGAAGGGGCCGGGAAAGUUGGCGAGGCGGUGCAUAAUGUAAACGAGAAGGUGAAGGAGACGGCGAAGGGAGCAUGGGAGACGGCUAAGGGUGCUACACAAAAGGUGAAAGAAACGGUUGUUGGUAAAGAUGAGGAUGAUAAGGUGGUUGAUGAUUAUAUGGAAGAUCAUUUGCCUAAACGUCCUGGGGAUGGUAGGGAUCAGAAAAUGCACCGUGAUAGGCCUUAGAAGUUUGGAAUCAUGUCAUGUGUUGAAGAAUGAAGAGUAAAUUGUAUUAAGCUUUUGUGUUUUGUGUUGUGGUAGACUUGAUUGGGAGAAAUGGUGUAUACUCCCAAGUUAAAUUGGUCUAAGCCGUUUGCUGACUUCGUAUUUAACUAAUAAAAUUGGUUUAUGAUCUGGCCUUAA